AUGGUGUACAAUACGUUGACUGAGGCUCCCCGCAACCUCAAGGAGGGCAUUGACUGGUUGUUGGCCGUAAAGAGGAAUGAUGGCGAAAACGGCUUGCUGGCUAUGGGCGCCGCGGUUUACAACUUCCUUGCGGACAAGCCUGUUGGCAAGACGGAGGUGCCAGCUCUCGAAGCGGUCAAACUUAUUUCAAAAGAGUUCCUGGAGCAGCCAGAGCUUAGGAACGACCAGUUGGUAAAAGACAUCUUGGAGAAGUUCAUUAGGCCUAUGAACACCAAGCCUAGUUGGCUAUCAAAAAUGUUCAACCAUGUUGAGGAAAGCGAUUACACUAACGUCGUUGUAAGCCGUGGUGUCAGCCCUGAUGACAUCGCACAAGAUGUUACUGAAGUUGUGAAUGGCUGUGAACACUUCCUGGAAAAGAUCAUAGUCUUAGAAAAGUACAGCUCCGCCUACAGUUCUGAAGCGACGUGGGAGAAGUCAUGUUCCGAAAAGCCGGAAGAUUGUGCCGCGGUCUUCGUGGGUAUUGCGCCUAUGUUAUACGCUGGUCUAGGUUAUUUGAAAACUUCCAGCAACGCUGGUCCUUUUAGUUUCAUGGGUAUUAAAAGGAAGACCAACAUUGGAGGUGUAUUGGAAACCCUGGGUUACGGGGAGUCGAACAGGCGAUCUUGGUUGAGUGGCCCAGAUGUCACUGAGGCGUUGCAAAGUGUGAACCCAAACAUGUUGUCCACACUCUACGAGCUUUCUGGAUUCUGGGCUUUCUACGGAUCCGGCAAAACUGUGAUCCCUGAAGCUGAGCCAUCCGUUGAAGGUGAAGGCGAGCAGUCCGUGAUCCCCGAAGCUGAGCCAACCGUUGACGGUGAAGGUGAGCAGUCCUUGAUCCCUGAAGAUGAAAAAUCCUUUGAAGGUGAAGGCGAGCAGUCCUUGAUCCCUGAAGCUGAGCCAUCCGUUGAAGGUGAAGGUGAGCAGUCCUUGAUCCCUGAAGAUGAAAAAUCCUUUGAAGGUGAAGGCGAACAGUCCUUGAUCCCUGAAGCUGAGCCAUCCGUUGAAGGUGAAGGUGAGCAGUCCUUGAUCCCUGAAGAUGAAAAAUCCUUUGAAGGUGAAGGUGAGCAGUCCUUGAUCCCUGAAGAUGAAAAAUCCUUUGAAGGUGAAGGCGAGCAGUCUGUCAUCCCUGAAGCUGAGCCAUCCGUUGAAGGUGAAGGUGAACAGUCCAUGAUCCCCGAAGCUGAGCCAACCAUUGAGGGUGAAGGCGAGCAGUCCGUGAUCCCCGAAGUCGAACCGUCUGUGGAACCCGCCGGUGAAGAGCCUGUCAUCCCGGAGGCUGAGCCAUCCGUCGAGCCCGUGAAGCCUGAAGUCGAUGACAUUGAAAAACCUGUGAAGGUUGCGAAGGCUGCUAAAGUGGCAAGGUCUGUAAAGGCCGCCAAGAAGGCUGCCAAGAAGCUCGCCAAGAAAGCCCGCAAGAGGAAGGAAAGGAAACUGAAGAAGCAGCAGGAAGAACAGGCUCAGCAGGAAUCCGCUGAGCAGUGA